CCCCAACCUACAGAAUGACGUCGUAAGUUUGCCAUCCAGCCCCAAUAGCAGUGAUAAUGAGCCCCUCUGUGUGGAGUGAGCCAACAGUGGGGCGCCAUGAAUUGUGCCUCUGUAGCUUGAGUGCUUCUCUGUAGCCAGAGAUGGAGCAGGAAGUGCAGCUCGGGCCUCUCUGCACUCGUCUCAUCAAUGCAGCUUUCAUUCUCCCUCGGUGGGGCAAGAUGGAAGCUGUACAAAAGGACUGCUGGUACUUUGUGGUACUCCUCUUUUUCACUUUUCUUAAAGUUGCUGUCCAGCACACGGACGUGGAAACGGUGCAGCUGGUGGAAGGGAUGGUGCUGAACUGCUUGUGUCCCUGGGAUGGCAAGCUCAGCAUGGUGUCCUGGACCAAAGUGCCCAACAAAAGUCCCAUAGCUGUGUUCCACCCGGAGCACGGAGUCUCCUUCCCGUACUCAUACAGAGAGAGGAUAGAGUUCCUCAAGACGGCAACUUUGGAUGGGAGCAUUUCCUUGAAGAACGUCACACAUCAGGAUAUUGGGCUCUAUCACUGCUCUGUCCAGACUUUCCCUCAGGGGCCCUGGAACAAGUACAUUCGGGUGGAGGAUUUAGAUGAGCCACCAGAAGAUGACAACAGCACAGAGCCCCCUCCCCUAGAGGACCUCCUAGCAGACACCAAGCUUGAGGUUGAGGAGGGCAGCAACCUGACCAUCAGCUGCAAGCAGCCGCUCAACGGUACCAUGUACCGGGUCAGGCUGGAUAAGAUGCAGCACGACCAUACGUGGUUCCUAAUCAGCUCCUGUGAGAAGACAGAACAGGGUCUGGAUGUGGAGGCCUUCAGAGACGGAGUGAACUGCACCGACAGCCUGGACCUGAGCUUGAGCCUGACGGACGUCGGCUCGGGGGACGGCGGAUUCUAUCGCUGCACCUUUAACACAGACUUGGGAGAGCAGGCCACCCUUGUGCAGCUCGCCGUUGCUCCUCCAGGUGGAUUCAGUCUGUCCCUGUACAUGAUGUAUAUUUACAUCGGAGCUGGAGCUGCUGGACUUAUUCUAUUUAUUUCCUUCCUCAUACUUGUGAUGAGGCUCAGGAAGAAAAAUCGAAGAGAGGAGUACCGAGUCAAACUGCACCCCAGUCGGAGACAGCCGAACAUCUAUGAGAACAUCCCUCUGUGUCCCAGGAGGAUGAAGAAGUCGAGGCAGAAUAAUCCGAUCUAUGCCAACCUGCCGGCCGGCCGGGUGCUCCCUACCGCACAUCGACCUCGAGACAAAAAGUGAAAAGGGAUGCUGUGACUCUGUCGCUUUCUCCCAUCUGCCAGCGUGUCCUCACACCCCAUUCACUGUACAUCAGAGCGAGGAUAAAUAAAUGUCAGCGAGCGCAGACUGUAAUUAUCCAUUUGAGUUUUUAAUCAGAUGCAGGGAUCACGCCGGCACUGUUUAAUAUGCACACGGCGGUUUGAAAUGAGUUAACAAGCCGCUGCUCAUCUCGGAGUCAGAAAGCUGACGGGGGCUGUUUGGGACGCAGCCUUGCUCCCCCCUAAUUAAGCGCACUAUGUAAUUAUUGUUGAGUGGAUGUUUGCUGUUUUGGCAAAACAAUAUUUGACAGUAACCAUCGCACAGAGGAGUAAGACAAAAGCCCAUAUAAUCAUCCUUUUCUCUUCUCUAACCCCCUCCAAGUAAAAAGAAAAAAAAAACGAUUGACAAAAGCUUUUGUAAAUUCCCUCUUUUCACUUUCAUCCCUCCUGGUUUCUAUUCAGAGCUUGACAAUAGUGUCUAAUCAUCUAACGGAGAAGAAAAGCAGUCGCUCAGCAAUGUGCCGUCACUUGAGACUGCUUCUUUUCCCCCAGCAGGCUUUCUGACUGCAUUCUAGUUACAGCACGCCCUCAGUGUGAAAGCUGAACUCUAAUUAGCAAAUCCUGGGCUGCAGUUUAUAUCUCCUUUUACCCUUUCUUGGCUGCUUUUUGAUGAAUAUCCACAUUCUUUUUUACCCCUCCCUCCUUUUGGUUUCUAAAAUGUAACAUUGAUGAACUGAAUGUUUUUCCCCUUUGAUAUUUAUCCCCCCCCCCCCCCAAGUUUGCUUCUGUAAAUCAAUAUUUGCGGUUUAUGGCAACUGCUGUAAAAUUAAACUCUGUGCUGUUUGUGUAAUUUAAUUCAUUUAUCUCCAUAGAAAUGGAGGCAGAGGCAGUAAUGGAUAAGCUGGCUUUUCUGCUAGGAAACAAGACAAAUGUGCAACAGAAAGGGACAUUACAGUUGUGGGUUUUUCUUGUGUGUUUUUUUUUAUUUAUUUUUUGCCUGCCCUUUGCUCUGUUUCUUUAGAAACUGUAACUGUACAUUUGACUGUGAUGAUGUUUGAGAUUAUCUGUGUUCAACCAGCUGUAUUGAAACUGAUCGUUAUGACUGAUAGACUCCUUGUGACAGAAAUAAAACUGUCUAUAUAUCUGU